GGGCCGGCGGAGGACGACGGGGCGGCGGCGGCGGGCGGCGGGGUGGCGCUGAAGCGGAACAUCACGCUGCUGAACGGCGUGGCCAUCAUCGUGGGCACCAUCAUCGGCUCGGGCAUCUUCGUGUCGCCCACCGGGGUGCUGAAGGAGGCCGGCUCGCCGGGGCUGGCGCUGGUGGUGUGGGCGGCGUGCGGCGCCUUCUCCAUCGCGGGCGCCCUCUGCUACGCCGAGCUGGGCACCACCAUCUCCAAGUCGGGCGGCGACUACGCCUACAUGCUGGAGGUCUACGGCUCGCUGCCCGCCUUCCUCAAGCUCUGGAUCGAGCUGCUCAUCAUCCGGCCCUCCUCGCAGUACAUCGUGGCCUUCGUCUUCGCCACCUACCUGCUCAAGCCCCUCUUCCCCACCUGCUACGUCCCGCUGGGCGCCACCAAGCUCAUCGCCUGCCUCUGCGUGCUGUUGCUCACGGCGGUCAACUGCUACAGCGUGAAGGCGGCUACUCGUGUGCAAGAUGCCUUCGCCGCCGCCAAGCUGCUGGCCCUGGCCUUGAUCAUCACUCUCGGCUUCGUGCAGCUCGGGAAGGGUGAUGUCAUGAACCUCAAGCCCGAAUCUUCCUUUGAGGGCACCAAAACAGGUGUGGGCAACAUCGUCCUGGCCUUGUACAGCGGCCUCUUCGCCUACGGAGGAUGGAAUUACUUGAAUUUUGUCACAGAAGAGAUGAUUAACCCUUAUAGAAACCUCCCUCUGGCCAUCAUUAUUUCACUUCCCAUCGUCACCUUGGUCUAUGUGCUGACCAACCUGGCUUACUUCACCACCUUGUCGGUCAACGAGAUGCUGGUGUCAGAAGCUGUUGCUGUGGUAACUUUCUCAGAACGGAAAACCUCACUCCGAUGGGUGAUCUCCACCGUCGGGCAACCCUUCUGUCCCCAUGUUUGUCGAGUCUCUGAACUUCGGAUGAAGCAAGCGUUGUGCCUCAUGACUUUGUUCUACGCGUUCUCCAACGACAUCUUUUCGGUGAUCAACUUCUUCAGCUUCUUCAACUGGCUCUGCGUGGCCCUAGCCAUCAUCGGCAUGAUGUGGCUCCGGUACAAGAAACCGGAACUCGAGAGGCCCAUAAAGGUUAAUAUACUGUUGCCCAUUUUCUUCAUCCUCGCGUGCAAUUUCCUCAUCGUCGUCUCCUUCUGGAUGACCCCGAAAGAGUGUGCCAUUGGCUUUGCCAUCAUCUUCAGCGGCGUCCCGGUGUACAUGAUCGGUGUCUGGUGGAGAAACAAACCCAAGUGGCUCCUGCAGAGCAUCUACUCCACCACGAUCCUGUUCCAGAAGCUGAUGGAAGUGGUUCCUCAAGAGACUUAAAAAAAAGGGGGCAAAACCAUCCAUCUUUAGUUCAAGCCAACGCACAACAUUGUUUUCGAAAUAUAAGUAUGUCUGAUUGCUCCCUGGAAGAAAACAAAAAACGGAAACCGUAGACGCAGCCCGGAGAACCUCUCCCUGCUUCUGCCCACCUCUGGUCUUCUGGAGGUCUUCUCCAACUCCGACCAGGCCAUUGAGAAGUUGCUGGCAGAGAAGAACGAUCCCGGGUGCAAAUUUAAAAAUUUGGGAAGAGGAGGUCUCUUAGAAGAGAAGACCUCCACCCGAAUCGAGAAAACGGGGGAGCCCACAAGGACGUUUUGUUUACAUGCUCAACUACGGACUUUAUUUAGCUUCUCCACCAGCUCUCUCAACAUGAUCGGCAGGAAAAAAAGAGGGGAAAAAAUGCAGACGAUGGAUGAGGUCUAGCAACGGAAGACGUCCUCAAGAUACGUCUGCCAACACCGGACACUCCUGGCCAACAAAGUGGGCCCUGCAAAAAGAAGACCACCCCACAAACUGACAGCAGAAGACUGAACGGCCCCCACCUCAGCUCUUCUCAUUCUCAGUGGACUGAAUAGUUCUGUCAUGAGUAUUUUUUUUAAUUAAUUUUUUGUUUUUAGUGAUGUUGUUUUUUAAAGCUUUCUUCUCCUUAGGAUUCCCGCGUUGACCCCGUUGGGUCAUAAGUUUCCCAUAAGGGGUU